AUGGGAAACAUCUCGCCAGAGCGAGAGCUUUCACCAAAACCCGAGGCUAAUCCGAAAUCCAACCUGUCUUUUGUUCAAGGUGUUCAACGAACGCUUCACGUUCUGCACAACUCCGAGCAGCCAGCGUCGGCGUUCGCGAUUCUCGAAUCGGGGAACAAGGUUGUCCCGCUGAUAGCGGACGGCCUGUUCGAUUUGUUAAUGUACAAGAUGUCGAGCGUCUACACGAACAAAAUGCAGAAGAUCGAAUCCAAGGGGCCGCGUUUCGAGAUCGGCGAUUUCUGCGUGAAACUCGGCAGCGUGACCAUCAAUCAGAACUUCAAGGGCGUUUUGGUCGAGGUGGAGUAUAGACCGUGUGUCGUUCCCGGAAGUGCAUGGGAACUGAUGCGCGAGUUUUUGCAGGGGUUCCUCGGAUCCACCGUGUCCAAUCAAGCGCCACAGUAUUUGCAGAACCGAAUGAACGAUAUUUAUCAACCGUUGGAUACAAUACAGCAGUAUCUAGAACACUUUGGUCAGUACAGGAAAGCCACUGGUGUAAUUUAAAGGUUUUAAUUUUAUCGCCUUUUGCAUUGAAAUGUCCCGAAACACCAAUAUCUCCUCUAUAAUUUUAAGCAUGUGGUUACACAUGAACGUAAUCUACUUCUGUAACAAUAAAUUGCUUUCGACAAACUA